AUGGCUCGGGGGCCCACCCUUAACUUGUUGUUUCCCACUCUUUUCGGUUUGACGAGCAGGCCUAUGGGCAGGGUGUGUGACAUGGGAGCUUUUCACGAACAGGUGUGGUCAUGGGACUUCCAGGUUGAGGCAGAGGCAGUAUUGGAAGCUUUUGAUCUUGUGAAUCUUCUGGCAGGAACCAAUCCAAUUGCAGAGGGUAUUGAUUCCAUCAAAUGGUGGCAAAAUGCAGACGAUAUUUUUUCGGUUAAAAGAUGCUUAUCUUUCAUGAGGGAUAAACUUCUGGAUGAAGUUGUGGAGCCGAAUAGGUUAGCAGCAAUCAAGAGGUUUUGGAGGACAGAGAUUCCCUCAAAAAUCAAGAUUUUCCGUUGGAGGAUAAUGCUAAAUAGACUCUCCUCGAAAGACCAAUUGGCAAAGAGAAGUAUUAUUGUUAGUGACCAAGAUAAAGUUUGUGUUUUCUGUUCUGCAGAUUUUGAAGAUCUAGAACACCUUUUCUUUAAGUGUUCUUUCUUCAAAAGAGUGUGGGAUAGUAUCUAUAUGUGGCUGAAUUUACAGAAUUUAGAGGAGGCGGUAGGUUCGAAUCAUCUGGAUCAGUUUGUGCGUGCGCUUGGAGGGAAGAUUAGAAAGAAGAAGAUAUGCUUAGUUUGA